AUGUCGGUCGAGCAGAUCUUUGAGCGGCUGCCGCCCGGCGCCGCUGCGCGCGCGAGCUUUGUUCAAAUCUACGAGGACGCGGUGCACGACCUGCUGGCGCCGGCGGCGGCGGACGGCGAGCUGCCCCGGCUGCACCUCAAGCGGGACGGCGCGGGCUGGGGCCUCCCCGCCGCGCGCCGCGAGCUCGUCGAGUCCGCCGCCGACGUGACGGCGCUGCUCGCCCGCGGCGCCGCGGCGCGCGCCACCAGUAGCACGCGGCUCAACGAGCACUCGUCGCGGUCGCACGCGGUGCUCUCGGUGGAGCUGAGGCUGGCGGACCCGAAGAGCGAGGGCGCCUCCGGCCAGCUCCGGCCCAAGCUCACCUUCGUCGACCUCGCCGGCUCGGAGCGCACCAAGCGCGCCGGCACCGAGGGCAAGGUGCAGCACGAGGGCAUCCAAAUCAACCUGUCGCUCUUCCACCUCAACCACGUGAUCCACGCGCUGGGCUCGCGCGCGGCGCACGUGCCGUACAACGGCUCCUCCCUCACCAAGGUCCUCGCCGACCGCCUCGGAGGCGCCGCCCAGACCCGCACGCUCAUGCUCGCCUGCGCCUCGCCGGCCGAGCCGAAUGCGCUCGAGACGCUCUCGACGCUCUACACCGUCUCGCGCGCGCGGACCAUC